CCCCGCCCCCGGGCCCCCGUGCUGUGCCCUUGGACGGUUAGUUGCUGUAUUUCACCGUGUUUUCCGUUUUUCUUGGGCCAUAUGCACCGACAUUGUAACACUUGCUCUCUUUGCCACAUCACAGUCAAUAAACUCGUGCGCUUUCUGGUGUGUAUCACAUCCGAGGUGGGAGCUGUCAUGUGAAAGGGGCCGUUUGUGGUUUUCAGCACCGAGCAGCCCUGCGUCUCUGGGCUGCAUCCCGGCAGGACCUGCAUCCAUUCCGUGGCGUGCUGGAUCGGCUCCCUUGGCAAGAGCCGGUUGCCCAAUGUUCAGGAAUUUUCCAGAUCCUCCUUGUUCUGUUGGUAGCUCGCAGAAGGCCACGGGGGCCUCUGGUUCCAGGGCGGGCUCACCAGCCCACCACUUCCCAAGAGUCAUGGAGCAGAGUCCUUGAGAAGAGCCGGCACUCGACAGCUUUGAAAUGAGACAGGACGAACUGCACAGAACAAGCGUGCCCACGUGUAGGCCAAGGCGGAGGGGUGUACCCUGAGAACGCUUAGUUCGAGGUGGUGACUUAAAAGCAGAGACACCUGGAAAUGAAGCAGCCUUGAGCUCGGGUCGAGUGUCCAAGCCCGCAGGGCUUCCCGGGGCAGGGCAAGGCCAGCGUUUGGGGAAGUGCAGCCGCCGGCAGAGGAAGCCGGCCGAGGGGGUGAGUGGCGGGACUGGGCAGGCUCAGCUGAGACAGCAGGGAUGGGGAUUACCCGCCCUGCUGCACCUCUGUGUGCAGAGGGAAACCAGAGGUGGCUGCAUUGAAGCACACGCCCGGUGUUCUGCAUUCAUCUUGAACCGUUGUGUUGUGUGCACCGGGCUGGCUUCUUUCUCAGCAGAUGUCUGCCUGAUGCCAUUCAAGACCCCACUGCCGACGAGCUGGUGACCUGGCCAGGAGGGGGCUCUGCAGAGGUCCGGAGUGGGAGCGACUCCUCGGUUGCACAUCGAGAGCAGCAUGUUUCGCCCCCUGAAACUCAUUCUGAUGCCGGUGCUCCUGGGGUCUUUCUUGGACCUGGACAGCUGGAUGGUUUCCUGCCUGGAGCUAACCGUCCACGCGGGGGACCCAGCCUUGCUGGGGUGUGUUUUCCAGGGCAUAGGAGAGAAGCCUGUGGCCAAGGUCGACUGGAUAUUCUCCGCAGGGGGGCAGAGUGAGGAGUACGUGCUGUACUACUACGCCAACCUCAGCGUGCCCGUGGGGCGCUUCCAGAGCCGCGUGCGCCUGGCGGGGGACCUCUCGCGCAGUGACGGUUCUCUCCUGCUCCAAAACGUGCAAGAGGACGACCAGGGAACCUACACCUGCGAGAUCCGCCUUGAAAUGGAGAGUCAGGUGUUCAAAAAAACGGUGGUGCUGCAGGUUCUGCCAGAGGAGCCCAAAGAGCUCGUGGUCCGUGUGGGCGAUGCAGCUCGGAUGGGGUGUGUUCUCCAGAGCACAGAAGGGAGGCUCAUGACCAAGGUCCACUGGGUGUUCUCAUCGGAGAAGCACACACAGGAGGAGCUGCUGCUGUCCUGUCACCCCCAACUCGGGGCACCCAAGGGGUGCUCCCCGACCUGGGGCCGCUUCCAGAACCGCGUGACCCUGGUGGGGGACCCCGCCCGCAACGACGGCUCCAUCACGCUCCAGGGGGCGCAGGAGUCGGAUGGAGGGAGCUACAGCUGCAGUGUCCACCUGGGGAACCUGACAGUCCAGAAGACCGUCGUGCUGCACGUGGUUCAGAAAGAGCCCCGAACGUCGGUGACCUCGGUGGCCCACAGAGCUGAGCCUCUGGGUGGUAAUCAGCUGGUGAUCAUUGUGGGAAUUGUGUGUGCCACUGUCCUGAUGCUUCCGGUCCUGAUCCUGCUGGUGAUGAGGACCCACAGGAAUAAGAGGUCCGUGUCUCCCACGGCCCUGGUGAAAGGCCUGGAGAACAUACAGAAGGCUCCGGAGGAGAAGCAUGUCUAUUCCUCGCUGAUUACCCGGGAUGUGACCGAGGAAGAAGAUCCCAGUGACAGAUCAGAGGCCACCUACAUGACCAUGCAGCCCGUGUGGCCUUCUCUGAGACCUGCACCCAGUAACCCGCCUGAAAAAAAGCCCGCUGGGGGACUGCCCGGAACACAGCCCGCCUUUUGAGAAGGAAGGGGACCCCCUUCAUCUAGAGGAGGCGGC